UGAUUAGAGCAACUUUCUGCCAAGGAAAUGCGCAUGUAUGUAUUUAUAUGAUUCAACAUAGAAACAAUACCUCCUCUGCCCUUCAUCAUUUCAGCUAGAGCGCUUUUGUUGUGAGAGACAGACAACUCUUGGAUAUUUUGACCCUGUUUACACGCUGACCUAUAAAUAUUGUAUAUACUGUGUUGCCCAUUACACUUAUUAUAAAAGAAGUCAGAAUCAAAAACGUUUAUUAUGCGAAUUAAUUUGACAUGCUCUGUUAUAUCACUGGUGUGCUUGAUAAGCUGGCUUUCAAGAAUGGGUCUUGCAAUUAUAUUUUUUUAAAAAAAAUUGCAGGCAUUUCAUCCAAACAUGUCUUGAAAAAUAUUUAAAAAAAUUAAGUGGAAAAAAAUCAGAAUUUAUUGAAAACCAUCUCGCAGUCAAUUGAUAAAGGACCUUAAUUUUUCUAUAUAUAUGAAAAAGGAAAACCCUUUGUUGUAGCAAAGGAAGAUCGAUACCGAUGGGGACAGAGAUUCAGCAAUGGAAGCUUAAGAGAAUUGAAGAAGCCCCUUAUAAAACAAGCGAAAGAGUGAAGAAGAAGAAGAAGAUGGACAAGGAAAUUGAUUAAUUACAGCUAUAUCCAUCAAAAAUUUGAGUAGGAUGAUUGUAAUAUCACGGACUGAACAUGAAGAUUGUAACAGGAAAUUCUUGCAGCAUUACCUACGCGGGGGGAAGGAAACAUCUGUGUCCCCCUUUUGAGGAUAGCAGUGACUCUUUCAAAAACGAAAAGAUCGGUUUGUAACAGCAAGCAUCUCUUCUAACCAGAAGAACCACUUGGCUGCAUUUCAUAAAUGUGGUGAGUGCAACAAAAGGGAUCAUCACUGCACAUUUGGAUUGAACAACUAAAUGCCCAGUUAAAGAGAAACGGGAGUAGACUGACUUAUCACUCGAAUCAUGUAUCGGUUUGAUUCUUUCCCUCCAAACCAGGAGCUUGAAGCUCACAAAAGCAUAUAAGUUGCACCAUGAAAAACCUCUUGUCAAGUAAUCCUCCUCUUUUGAAGCCGAAUAGGUUCAAGUCCUUGAAUUGCCAUGCAAGAAAAAUCAUGAGCUCUGAAUCAGUUAAGCCCAGCCAGGCUUCAUUGGCUGAAGGAGAGAAGCAAAAGCAACUCGACCGUGGUAUCAGGGAGAUGGUCUCUGCCAUAACUCGUCGGGUUGCUGAUCUUCAUACAUCAGACUCGAUCCAUCACCUGCAGCAGCAGGAUGACGAUGAUCAAGAUGAUCAUCAUGGCGUAAGAAUCGUCACCCUUGCCGGAACCAACACAGGAGCCACUCUUCGAAGCGAGAUGGACGAGAAAGCCAAAUCUCCUCAUGAUGGGCUUUUGCUUGGGGAGCCUGAGACGCUAAGCGCCUACGUGAACAGCAAUUUCCAGGCCAUCAACAACUCAAUCAUGAUGGGUGGCAGCUACGGCACCAACGACCCAGGUGUUCAUUUGGACAUCUCGCACUACUUCGACAACAAAGGCCAUAGGCCAGACAAAAAUGUAAAAAAAGGGGAAGAAAAACCUUGAAAAUGAUCACCAUCCCGUGCAUUCUGAUUGGGACCUCCUGAAUAAUAAAAGUACAAAGUCAGAGGCCAGAAGAGCUAGAGAAGGUUUUAUACAUAUCCUUGCUAUGGUUUCAAAUAAUAAAUUUUCAUAAUUCAGUUUGUUUUAUUCUGAUUAUGUAUCACAAAAAAUAGGAUAUUUAUCUGUGGGCUGUUUUUGUAUUAUUUGGAUUGUGAAGCAUAUCUCCUACCUUAAGAACAGAACAAAUACUGAGAA